CUUAUCGAAGAGGAGGCCGCGCUCACGCGCGUUGCGGGAACUGCGCGUGGGGUCGCCGCUCGGAGCCCGACCUGGGCUGCGUCACCCAGGCAACUUCCAGGGGAAUACUUGACCUGAUAUGGCUUUGAUUAACUUACAGAGUUUCCAGUUUUAUUCUUCUACUGUACGCACAUGCAGAUCCCUGGGAACACUAAGAAAAACCUUGAACCACCUUAGUGAUCAAGGCAGACAGCUAAGGUCAUGGUGCUGUGGUUCCUCGGUCUUUGGCACAGUACUUUCAAGGGUUAGGUUUCGGUGUGUGUUUUAUAGAAACUACCAUGCAGAACUCUGGAACCAGCCUAACUCCAUUACAGGAACUGUGCAUCUUCACAGAGAUGCUGGGAACAGUUCUAAAUCUGAUGGCAAAUGGAUGGAUGAACAAAAAUUUUUCAUGGAGCUGAACAGCUUCAGUUCAUCCAAUGAGAUUUUUAAAUUUCUGAGUUCUUUAGAAAUUAUAUCCGACACCAUGGCGGCAGCAGCUUUACAGAGAAUCUGUGAAUUUGAAGUGGAUGACAGUGGAUUGAAGAAUCCCAAAGACAUAUUGGAGAAUGAAGUCUUCAGGGCAUUAUGCUUUCAGUUUGAACAUGAAUCACAAAAGCUGUCAGACACUGGUCUCGUGACUGCAUUGCAGGCUUUGAUAAAGUUGCGUGUAGAUCCCUGGAGUACUUUGAUUGUGCGUUUGGUAUCAGAGAGCCAGGAACGGCUUGAUAAGGGACAAUUAACCAUUAGAAACCUGUGUAUUCUUGGAGAAAGCUUGCUUGAUUUGGAAGGCCCAGGUUGUACAAUGCUAGAACAAAUUGUGAACCAAGUACAAGGAAAAAAGCUUGAAGAAUGGACCACUGAGGAAAUAGCAAUGGUUUAUGGAAUGCUGCAGAUGAGUAUUACAGAAGAAGGACAAUACCAAGACUUGUUAAACCACAUGAACAAUAUCACUUUAACCUUAGUUCCCCAACUAAGCCCUAAAUUGAUAAGCAGAAUACUGAAUGCACUGGUUAUUCUUGACCAAACUCAGGCAAUUCCUUUAGUAAUAAGACUAUGUAAGUAUUCAGUGAGGCAUGUCCCUCGAUUCACAAAUGAUGAACUAGCAAAUGUGCUGGGAGCUUUCAUACACUUUGGACAUGCUGACCAAUUCUUCACAGAAGCACUGGAAAGGCUUGUUCCCAAAUCCUCCUUCACCUUGCACCCGGAAGCAGUCAGCAAAGUCAUGCAAUACUGCUGCAGAAAGCUGAUCCGUUCUAAGCCCAUCUUUGAUGCAGUGGCAGAAAGUUUUGCUUAUAAUGCCGACAAAUGCACCACCAGACAGAUUGCUGAGUAUAUUGUUCCAUUUGGGACACUCAAUUACCUACCACCAAGUGCUCCCUCUGUCUUCAGAAAACUUGAAAGGAUACUAAAUGCUCGCUUUACUCAGUUUCAGCCUCACACCCUGCUGAAUCUGCUCCACUCAUGCACCCUUAUUGAGCGUUACCCAGUAAACUUUCUGGCAAAAAUAUUUAACCCCUAUUUUCUUCAACAGCUGCAGGCUCAAACACCAGGUUUGGAUAGAUUUGUCCUCUCCCAGCUGACCCAGCUCUUUUUAACAGUUACCUUGGAGUGUCCCUUCUAUGAGGGUCCUAAACUCCUUCCAAAGUAUCGAGUAAAGUCCUUUCUCAUACCAGGCCGUUCACUGGAGUCCUCUGUGGACGUUCACCUCUACAACAGGGUGAAGACUGGACUAGUUGAUCUGCUAGGAACAAGAAUGUAUUUUGCUUCUCAUGUGUUGACACCAUAUUGCUAUACAUUAGAUGUUGAGAUUAAAUUAGAUGAAGAAGGCUUUGUAUUACCUGCCACCCGAUAUGAGGAGGUGCACAGGAGAAUAGCCCUGUGUAUUGAUGGUCAAAAGAGGUUUUGCAGCAACAAUCACAGUCUUCUAGGCAAAGAAGCUAUUAAACAAAGACAUUUGCAAUUACUUGGUUAUGAAGUUGUGCAGAUUCCAUUUUUUGAGUUUGAGACUUUAGAUAACAACAGAGAGAUAGUAGAAUAUCUGCACAAGAAAAUUUUUCCUCGUACCUACAGGCUCAGCUGGUGAUACAAUAUAACAAUAAUAGAAUACAGACUGGUCUACAGCACCUCUAGGUACUGUGAAGUGUAAAUAUUUUGUGAACCACUCUACUUUCAAAGUAACUCCUCAUGGGAUGAUUUUAGCUUCCGAAUGUGAGUCUCUCCAGUUCCUGGUUGGAUUGAUGUACAAAGAAUUAGAAAGGGCAACAGAAUUUAUUUUGUUUUGUGUGAACAUUUACUGCAGCUGAAUAAUAAUGGAAAAUGCUUGCAAAACCGUUCAUGCUGAGUUUCCUGGGUAUUGCACUUUUCCUUUUAAAGUUGACAGAGAUAUGCUUAUUAUUAGACAGAUAUGCUUCUCAGUGGUACAAUAAAUUCAGUUGCACAGUGUCAAAUUGUGCACUGUCUUACACUGUGCAACACUGGAAUUAUUGGAGUUUCCAAAAUAUAUAAAGCAGGGUAGAAUUUUGCCACUCAUGUGACAUAAAAGGCUUAGUACUUAUGAAACAAAUUUAAAUACCCUAAAGUAAAGUAUGGUUUAUUAUCAUAAUUGCAUAUAUAUUUAAACUACUGUUAAUUUCUUUAAUAAUGUGAUUUAAGUAUGCAAGUUUUCUAUUUACCAGGAAUUUUAAAUGUAAAAGAAAAUCAAUGCACUUCAUUCAUAUUUGCUCAUGUUCUUAUUUAUAUUUCUCACCAUUUUAGAUUUCUCAGCUGUAUUCCAUAGAACCUAGAAUAUUACUGGUUUUAAUGUUCAGUGACUCUAAUAAAGAGCACUAUUGCCCACUGA